AUGUCUACCGUUAUCCUCGGAGGAGGUAUCAUCGGAUCCUCCAUUGCCUACUACCUCUCGGAACGCCAACCGACAGAGGAGAUCCAUGUCAUUGAGUCCUCAUCCAAGCUGUUCUGUGCCGCUUCAGGUUACGCCGCUGGCUUUCUGGCCAAAGAUUGGUUUGCGCCGUCCCUUGCACCACUGGGAGAGCUCUCAUUCAACCUCCACGAGUCACUGGCUGCUGAGAACGGGGGCGCGGAGAAAUGGGGCUACAUGAAGGGCACAGCGCUGAGCUUGGGCUCUACGAGCAACAAAGGUGGCGCACGCGGAGACGACUGGCUUCGCGCGGGCACCAGCCGGGCAGAGACGGCUGCAGGAACAAGCAAGACGGCUGCAGAGGUGCCAGAUUGGUUGACACAGCAGCAAGGCGCGACGGUGGAACGGAUUAGUGACAAGGACACAACGGCUCAAGUGGAUCCCUCGAGACUGUGCCAGUUCCUGAUGGAUGCUUGUCUCGCACGCGGCGUCAAGCUUCACUAUCCAGCCAAGGCUUCGUCUCUUGUCAAAGACGAGGGCGGUACUAUCACCGCCAUCAAGAUCGUGGAUUCCAACACGCAGACCGAGUCUACCAUUCCUUGUACGAAUCUGGUCGUCUGCGCGGGACCCUGGACCCCACAAGUCUUCCAGGACCUAUUCCCGACCUCGAAGGUCUCCCUCCCCAUCUAUGCCCUCGCCGGGUACUCUCUUGUCCUUCGAUCCCCGAGACACACACUGGAGCAUGAGCAGAACUCAUACGGCGGUCUGUGCCAUGCCCUCUUCACAACAUAUCCCCCAUCCUGUGGCUUCAGCCCGGAACUGUUCUCGCGAGAGGGACAGGAGAUCUACAUUGCGGGCUUGAACAGUAGGGAUAUCCCGCUUCCGAAACGUGCGGAGGACUUCCAUGCGGCAAUGGACCAGGAGCAGAUGGACAGAUUAAAGGCCGUGACAGUCCGUUUGCUCGGAAAGCUUGCAGAGGGAAGCGUGGAGUCGAGUGACGACGUCCUGAACGUUGACGACCUGGAAAUCACCCGCGAAGGAUUGUGUUUCCGUCCGGCUUCGGAGCGUGGCACGCCUUUCGUCACAAGGAUCGAGGACAGCCUACUGGGAGACGGUGUUAAGAUCGGAGCAGGCGAGAAGAAGGGAGGCGUGUAUGUUGCCUCGGGUCACGGUCCGUGGGGAAUUUCCCUUUCUCUGGGCACCGGCAAGGUCGUUGCCGACAUGGUGAGCGGUGUUCAGCCCGCGGCCGAUGUCAGUGGGCUGGGCGUAUAG